AUGAAAAUAGAAACUUGUGUAUUUUCUGGAUUAAAAAUCUAUCCAGGACACGGAAAACGUGCUGUCCGUGCUGAUGGAAAAGUUAAUAUCUUUCUUAAUAAAAAAUCUGUAAGAUUUUCUGGACAAAAACGUAAUCCACGUGAUGUUCGUUGGACUGUUCUUUACAGAAGAAAGCACAAGAAAGGAACUCAUGCUGAAGAAGGAGCUCAAAAGAAACGUGUUAAACGUACCGUACAAGUUGCUUCCCGUGCUAUCGGUAGUACAUCUCUUGAUGCAAUUCUUGCUUUAAGAAAUCAAACUGCUGAAUUCAGACGUGCUCAAAGAGAACAAGCUAUUAAACAAGCUAAAGAGCAAAAUCGUAAAAAAGUUAACAAGAAUGCUCCACCACCAAAAAUGGAUAAAAAAGCUGUCGCUGCUUCUCAAAAAGUCAAAGCACCAAAACAAGCUAAAGCUCCAAAACCACAAGUUGGAGGAAAACGUUAA